UUCUACACACACGGAACCUCGCUCUUUAUCGUUUCUCUAUUUUUUCCCCGAUUGUUUAUUCAUCGCGACCAGCGAUCGGCCUUGUAAAUAUGAUUUCCAGAAGGGAAGCUUAUCAAGCCAGCAAACUUGUCACGCGGUGAACAGGACUUUGAACUUAAAAUCUCGUCGCAGUGUCGCUCGUUAAAAACAAUUGUCGCGAUGUUAAAAAAAAAGAGAAAAAAGAAGAAGCACCAAAUUAAACAGUGAAUCGCUUGGAAUUUUCACCGAUUACGAACGUGACGCGACGCGGUUAUUUUUAGGCUCAUCCGUUCCGAAAUGAUAAGGCGUCAUUGAAAAAGUUGCAAAAACUUGAGGGAAGGGAGUGGGAAUGAUCGAAGAAUAAAAUCGCGGCGAUUCCGUUUCGCGAUGGUAAGAAAAGGAGCAUGAAUCGUCCCGCAGGCUCUGACCUUCGAGCGGAUCGAGUGACGCAACGUCUGCAAUUCGCGGGCGCAAUAAACCUUGUGCAUUCAUUGUUUUCGUCUCGAUCGAUCUCACGUCGCGUCGUCGCGUAUCUUAUCACCGCGCCUUAUCGCCUCUGAAUCACGCGUUGCUGCUGUCGGACCGGUCAACGGUGAAAAUAAAUGAAAAUCAUUAAUUUCUUUUUUUCCUUUUCGAUGAAUUGCGAGUAGAAGUAGGCGAAAGAAAUAAAAUCGAGUAAUAGCAAAACGAAGCGAGAAAAUACCUGACGCUUACGAAAGUCUCGUGCAACGCGUGAGUCGUGAGCAACGCGGCACAGCUCGUUGCGUCAUUCGUAACGAAGCAAAGAGGAUUCUGAUCCUUAUCUCUCUCUAGCCAACACGUACAACCUAGCCGUUUCCCAAAAUUUUUCGACGCUUUGGGAAAAAAUAUUUCCAGUAUCGGCAGCUCCAGACAAUGGAGAAACUCUCGAGGUAGGAAUUCAUGUUUAUGGACUGGGUGACGUAAGGGGUCCGUUUUGAAAGAAAACGUUUUUGGGGAACGGUCCUAAGAUAAAACUAACCAAAUAUCCCUGCGAAGGAUACUUAAACGUAUUAGAUACUUUUCGUUUUCUUAAGUGACACACAUGUGGUGGAUUUUAAAUAUCCGGCUACCAUUCGAAAGAUCUCGAUUGAGAUCUGUGAUAUUGAAAAAAACCCUUCGAGAUAAAACAGUCGUCUCCGUGUGUAAUAACGAAAGGCGACAUUUAUCGAAUGAAUUUUGAAAAGAUCCACGUGAUCGAUACCACCUCGAAAAGGUUUCGAUCGAUCGCGAUCGUCGUCUGAAACGGGAACUGCCCCCUCCUCGUUUUCUGGUUCGCGUUUCGCGCUCUCUAUAUCCCCCCAUCCUUCAUCGAUCCCACUACUACUUGUCCUCUCCGCCGUGAUCGUGGUCGCCACCUUCUCUCUACUCUAUCGUGGCCCCCGAAGUGGGCCACGGCCUAAUUUGCAGAACUCUCAGCCUCGUCGUAGCGUAAAGCAAGCGUGUGUAAUAAGCUUCACGGACUUGGAGCGAAGGGCACGCACGUGUAUGAACGUACACGAUACUUGGCUUCCUUCCUUCUAGACUCGCAAUUAUACCAAUUUCUUUUCCCCGAUCGCGCUCCACGCUUAUCACCGAGUAUAUAGGAUAAGUAUAGGCUUGGAUAUCGAUAAAUUUCGAGAAAGGAAAUGCAAACACGGUCGAGAAAUUUUAACUAGAGCAAAAUUUCCCUGUCGUAUCGCGGCAACGCGGUGAAAUGUCUCGAACGAGAUACGUCUGUAUAGACGGAUGAGGUCAGUCGUGAACCCGGGGGGACUCGCGUUACGUGCAUUGUUGCACAGCCUCGGUUAUCUCGAUCGGUCGAUCUAGAUUGUGUUUGGUGUCACAUCAAUCCGGAUUAGCGGUAUCUACGCUCCGCGGUAAUGCAUGACGCGAGCGCGUGUUAUAUUAGCUCGCGCGGAGACGCGCGAGCGCAGUAGCAGCGUAAACGUAGACGACUACGAAUCGCGGAGCCGAUAUACCGUUUCCCUUCCAAGCUUACGCCGUAUAUCUAAUAGCGGUGAUACAUUGUGAAUCUUGCGUCAUCGAUCGCGAUCUUACGAACGUUUUCGAUCGACAUAAUCGCGCAUCCUGUUAACAGAUGUACUAAGAAGACAAAUUAUGGUGGCAGAAUUUGUCGCCCGUCAGAGUGGAUCACCGAUCAACGGUGAGACCGCGUGUCUGAACAGCAACAUGCCGGCCACCCACACAAUGGCACACGCCGGCCACGGUGGUCAUGGUGGACACGAUGCUCAUGGACCUUUGCCACCACUGACGCAUCCUUCGCACCAUGGUGGGCCACCGUCCAUGCAGCAGCAGCAGCAACACCAGCAUCCACCUCAACAGCCACCGCCGCAACAGCAACAGCCCCAGCACCACCAUCACCACCAUCAGGCUCAGCAGCAACAGGCCCAACAGCAGCAGCAGCAGCAGCAGCAGCAGCAGCAGCAACAACAACAACAGCAGCAUCAACAACAACUUCAUCACGAUGCCCAACAGGUGACACACCCUGAAAAUUUCCCCCCGAACUUCGACAUCAGAAAAGAGCUAUUUUCUCAGCGCAAGCAACGGGAGUUCAUACCGGACAACAAGAAGGAUGACAGCUACUGGGACCGCAGAAGACGCAACAACGAGGCUGCCAAGCGGUCUCGCGAGAAGAGGCGUUUCAACGACAUGGUGCUCGAGCAACGAGUGAUGGAGCUGAGCAAGGAGAACCACAUCCUGAAGGCGCAGCUCGAGGCGAUAAGGGACAAGUUUGGUAUCUGUGGCGAAGCUGUGAUCAGCACGGAACACGUGCUCGCCGCGCUACCAGCCGAACCACCUAUUAGCGUUAAAAGGGCAAAAUUGCCACCCUCGGCGGCGCUACUCUAUGCCAGGACACCGAGCCCAGUGCACACGUCCGUUAUCCAUCAACCGGUAAGCGGAGCACGGUCGCCAAGGUCACCUGCACAACUGUACGUUCCCGAAACUACCACGUACCCGGAAACGGAAAGCUUCCAAUAUCCCCAUCCCUACGUAUCGGCCAUGCACCUCGACACGACGAGCGCGUUAAACCUGUCCCGCGGGCGACGCGCGCAAUCGCCGUUCGAGUUGUCGUCCGGCAGCGGUGACGAGGGCCCUCAGUUGACGGUCAAUCCGGCAGCUAACAACAGUUUGCCCCACAAACUGAGACACAAGUCGCGUAUCGGCGACAAGGACGCGGCCAGUGCGCUAUUGGCACUUCAGGGUAUCAAACAAGAGCCAGGACCAAGGGCGUCGCCACCAUGGGACAACGAAGGAUCCAGCGACGAACGGGACUCGGGCAUUUCCUUGGGGGCCGAAUGGACCGGGCCCACCGUCCCUACCGUUCCUGAAAGCGAAAGGGAGGUGAAGUCUAGGCUCGAUCGUCUCGCCUCCGAAGUCGCUUCCCUUCAAUCGAUACUCCGCCUUGGCAAGCCGGCGGACAGUCUGGUCACGGGUCAUUCGUUGCCCGUCAACACCACCGUCAGCGGGCCGUGAGAUGAAUGCGAAUGCCCGUAUCUUCGCAGCCCCCGAGCGAACUCGCGACCGACCAUUUUUCGUUCCAUCGUGAAUAGCCAUCUUUCCGACCCUCUUCGCGAUCCAAGGUGACACGGCGAUCACGAUGGCGACACCGCGAUGAUUCCCUCGUAUCUCGCAUCGAAAAUCCGGAGAGAUAAGAAAGACUUUCGACGCUCUGAUCGCGCGAACGUUCCAAGUGUGAUGGUUAGUUAGUUGGUAGUAGAAAGUAAGUAGUAGUCACGCGAUAUAUUCUCCCUUGAGUUUCUACCCUUUUGUACAGAUCUCCCUCGGUGACGAGACUAACUCGAGAAGAACAAGCAUCUACGUUGUUUCGUAUGCGACUACUACCGACUUUGCAGUAUUGGAUCCUCGUGUACUUUUUUCUUUUUAUUGCUAUCGGCCAAUUUCGCGUGUUAUCGUAUGUACGGUUUCUUAUCUAUAGAUCGACUAGAGAUGUGUGAAAAAAGAACGGCAACAGUCAAGUCAGCUUUUUUAUCGGGAGAGUAUAAAGAAAAAUGGAUUCUUUGUUUUUGUUUUUGAUUUUUUAAUUCGGUCGAGUGCGAGGAUCCGGGUGCCCCCGGUUGACACGAUUGGGUGUCCCAUACACCGGUCCGCACGCUCUAUCGUAACGAUGAGUUAAGAUGAUAAGAAAGAUGCGACAGAUCCUAGGUGUUAUAAGUAACUUAUGCUGUAAGACUUUCUUAGGCUAUCUCUCGUUAAUAUUAUUAUCAUUAUCGUCAUUAGCGAGUUCAUUUGUUGAUUCGGAUGGUCAUGUAGCGGCUAAUUGAGUCGGGUCUGUCAUGUACCCGUUUGACCCGUACAACGAUUCGAAUCAAUUCAAGACUCGAUAUUCGAUUCGUAUCGUCCGAAAUUGCCGUGAGAAACGAACUCGCGUUAAUUCGAGGCUCUUCGGACACGAUUGAUGUUUUUUUUUUAAUUUUUAUUUUUAUUUUUAUUUAUUCUCGUUGAACUAACUACGUAUCAAAUAUCGCGAUGAAAUUAACAGAAAGGAAAGGAAUAGCGCGACUUCGAAGAUUCUCGGAUUAACGAGGUCCCAAGUUUCUCCCGGUGAAUCGAUAAUUGGUCGCGCAACCGGCUAUUUCACUACCGCCAAUUAUGCUUAAACAACUUAAUCCCAGCAUCGAUACGCGAAAGGCACAGUAACUCCCUUCUGUCUUUUCUCCUUUCCAAAACAAGGAAGGGAACAUUUCUUGAAAGAGAUGUCUUCGCAUUUGGUGCAAAGAUUUUCAUUCAUUUGAUUCUCUUUUUCUUGAAAUUCAAUCUAACGACAACCAUUCGAUAACACAUUGCAAGUAUACAUCGUUUUCAACUUAACGGAUCCUCCCCAGUCUCGUUGGUGUCUCUUCUCGCGUCUUCUAGAUCAUCUUUCUCUCUUCUUCUUCUUUUUUUUCUUUUUAUACGUUUUACUAUUAGCGAUUAACGUGACUGCGUGUGUAAAUAUGUGUAUAAAUGAGACAGCGAGAGAAAGGAUACGUGUAUAUUUCGGGUUAAUUAUGUCGUUCUUUGGUGCCUCGUGAUAUCCUCGAUACAUCGGCCGGUGCAGCUGGACCGUGAGACUACAUUAAGCGAGCCUACUGAUUAUGGAAUGUUCACAGGAUUUUCAGAAAGGAUUAUGUCAAACUUGAACACUAUAUUCGUCAAAAUGAACAGAAAUGUUCUAUAAACUUUCAUCUAGAAAUCAUUCGAACCUUUUUUUAUUAAACGCCUUUAAUUAUUAUAAGCAGUAUUUUGCUAAAGAAUGAUACAAUCCUCUACGCAGUCCUGUGUACAUAUAUACAUAUAUAUAAUGCACAUAUGAAAAAAAUAUACAUAUUUUUCGAUAACGUAAGAGAGAAUAAAACGAAUUGGGUCAUACACGAGGAAAGCUCUUAUUAAAAAGAAUCCUCGUAGUUGGAAAGAAGAUAAAAGUUGUCGAAAUUUCUGAUGAAGUGUCGAGGACACCGAUCGAACGUUCAAGUGAACCAAAGCAAUUCAACAGCUUCGUCGAACGAUUCGUUGUAAUUUAGUAACAUUGUUGUGUCUCGAUUUACCGAGAAAAGAAAGAGAAAACUCACGAGUCGCGUUCGAUCGAUAUCCUCGUCUGUACGUCAGUGUGAUAAGCCACGAAACUUUAAUCGAAAGCUACUGUAUUCUUAAUGCAUAUCUUUAUUUAUUAUUGUUAAUCGUCCGAAUGGAGCUACUUGGAAAAGAGAAGAAGUAUUUCGAACAAAGAGGUAAAGAAAACGCGUUGUUUCUUUAUUUCCUGUUCGAGAAUACUGUUUCUUUUUACACAGCUCUGUCUGUGUGUCACGGGAAACAACUGCGCUAACGAUGAAUAAUCGAGACGAAUAAACGAACUUAGCGUUACCUAGAAUGCGGCGAUCGCACACCUAUUUUCGGUGCCGUUUAGUAAUUCUCGAGAUGAAACACGAACCAGGCUCAAAAGAAUAUCGUUCGUAUAUCCCAUACACUUCUGAGCAGUUAAAGUUUUUCUAAGACACGUCACAAGACUGUAUUAAUCGUUAAUCGGCGUUAUUCGCGGAAGGAUCUCGUAUUCAUCCCCCUUUUACAUCCCUCUUACCCAUACCCUCUUCCUCACUCUCCCUUCUACACUCGUUUGUAUUUUUUACGUUAUUUUCCUUGCGUGAAUUUUCUAUAUUUUAUACGGCAUGUUUAUAUAUACAUAUAUAUAUAUAUAUAUUGUUGUUAGAAUUUUCUGCGAACAACAGCCGACAGAACGAUACUCGAUUAAUUUUUCUUUAUUUACCGCCGCUCAAAACGUGUGUCCUCACAGAAUUUGCUCAGAGUGAAAAGAAGACAAAAAUCAAUUUCGCCGCUUAUGAAUAUAAGUAUAAAAUAGUAUCAACUGUCGGACAAAAACGUGCUAGUUAAGAGUUCUUAUAGUAUUGGCACGACGAGAGAUUUAUUUUGAAACGAAUGCAGACUAAUAUUUGACUUUUACAUUGGCUCGAUAUAUGCACCGUUCCGCAGUUGAUUUACUGUAACAUACCACGAGUGCCUAUUAAUAAUAACGAGAAACUGAAUGUCGGAUCCCGCAGUAAAGCUAGAAAGCUUUGUUAGCAACCCGAGAUUAAAGCACGUUUGUCGCAUGAGAGGGAACGAGAGAAAGAGAGCGUGUGCGCGUGGUUUCGAAAGCGAAACCUCGUUACUUUUGUAAAUAAAAAAAUGUUAACUCGUGAUCGGUCACGUUUGUGUGAUCAGAAAGGAUGCCACACGAACCGUGCGUGUACGGUGAGAUCUCGUCGCAGGUUCUACUCGCAAAUUCCAAAAUAAUCUGUAUCUCACGAUUACUUGCCCAAUAAGAGGAAACGUUACCUAUACAUAUACGACCACGCCGACCACGAAUCAAUAUAUUUGUACAUAAACUGCACUUUCUUUUUUCUUUUGCCAAAAAACACGAUUGUUAUUAUUCGUGCCGAGGAAAUGGCGCUGAUAUCGUGAACGCGUGUGUUAAAAAGAGCAUAUCGGCCGGAGAAGGAACUAUGAACGUUUUUCUUCUGAACCAUCAUCAUCGUGUCUCCUUUUCAACCGUACCCCUGAAAUAGCUUCUUCGAGGACAUUUCGAAUACAGUUCCUAUGCAGUAUGAUAAAACGACUUCUACUCAGUCGAUCGUUGUCCAUUGAUAAAACAUAUGAUUCCAAGACGACACUUUUCAUUAUCCUUUCUCCGGCUGUACGGAGAUAUAAGUAUUUAGAUCUAAGGGACAUAUCCACAAGCGUGUAGUGUACUUGUAUAUGAAUACCGAAAUAAAUAUUUUCAAUGUUUUUGACAA